AUGGCGCGAGUCUACGCUGAUGUCAACGCCAAAAUGCCGCGGUCGUACUGGGACUACGAUUCCGUGGCUAUUUCGUGGGGCGUCUUGGAGAACUACGAGAUCGUUAGGAAGAUUGGACGAGGAAAAUACUCCGAGGUGUUUGAAGGCAUUAACGUUGCCAAUUACCAAAAAUGCGUCAUCAAAGUGCUCAAGCCUGUCAAGAAGAAGAAGAUCAAGCGAGAAAUCAAGAUCCUACAAAAUCUCUCCGGCGGACCCAACAUCAUUGCCCUGUUGGAUGUCGUGCGCGACAGCCAGAGCAAAACUCCUAGUUUGAUUUUUGAGAAUGUGGACAAUACCGACUUCAGAACGUUGUACCCUCGGUUUGUCGACUAUGACGUGCGAUACUAUAUCUAUGAAUUGCUCAAGGCGCUGGACUUCUGCCACAGCAAGGGAAUCAUGCAUCGGGACGUCAAGCCGCAUAAUGUUAUGAUCGAUCAUGCGAAGAGAAAGCUGCGACUGAUCGAUUGGGGUCUGGCCGAGUUUUAUCACCAAGGAACAGAGUACAACGUUCGCGUGGCGUCACGAUACUUCAAGGGCCCUGAGUUGCUGGUCGACUAUCAGGAAUAUGACUACUCGCUUGACAUGUGGUCGUUGGGUGCCAUGUUUGCCUCCAUGAUCUUCCGCAAAGAACCUUUCUUCCAUGGAAACAGUAACGCCGAUCAAUUGGUUAAGAUAGCGAAGGUGCUUGGAACAGAUGAACUAUUCGAAUACCUCGACAAGUACGACAUUGAACUGGACGCACAGUACGACGACAUUCUUAGCAGAUUUCCAAAGAAGCCCUGGCAAAGCUUUGUCAACGCCGAAAACCAGCGUUUCGUCAGCCCAGAAGCCAUCGACUUCCUCGACAAACUUCUCAGAUAUGAUCACCAGGAACGUCUCACAGCACAGGAGGCAAUGGCACACCCCUAUUUUGCUCCAGUCAGGAAUGCCGCAAACCAACAAAACUCGCAAAAUCAUGUGUCUUGA